AUGAGUGGUAUACGUGGAGCUGAUGAGCUGCCAUCUCCUCAUGGUGAGGCAUGGCGCAUGACCGAAUAUGAGCAGACGAUCUCGGUGCCUAGCUAUCUGAUAACUAUCGCUUGCGGACGAUUGGGCUCAAAGUGA